AUGUCCGCGUUCGCGGAGAAGGAGAUGCUCCGUCGUCGCUACGAGCAGCAGGACACCGGUGCCGCACCCCCUCCCAUGUCUCCUCCGACGGCCGGGGGCGCCCCGCCCACCCUCCUCCGCGCGCAUCAAUGGUCAACGGCCUCCCCCUACCCGUCGCCGCCGCCGUCGAACGGGUUCCACCAGCCCGCGGGCGGCAUACCCAACUACGCCUCCAUCCCGCCGCCGCCGCCGCUUGCGCCGAAACCGCCGCGGGAGUACAUCGAGGAGACGCGUGCGGAGGACGUCCGCACGGCGGCGAAGAUCAGCGCGAUCGACUCUUCGCCCACGUCGCGUCUCGCCGACGGGGACAGCGACGAGGAGGAGCCCUUCGACGCCGAGCGGUGCGACCAAGAGGACAGCACGUUCGGGCCGGGAACGCUGUCGCUCAUCACUGGCAACGGCAACGGCAUCGGGUCAAAGCCCAGCAGCCCGGGACCGGGACUCCCGUCGCGCUCGAGCACGAUGAGCACCGGGACCCCCGGGAUACCGAACCGCCCACCGCUGCCGCCGAAGGUGCUCAUUGAGUGA